CAUUAAAAAUGUAGCGAGCUCAUCUGCGCUCUUGCAUAAAAACAUCUAAUCCUUCUUUACUGGUACUGGUGGACCUGUCUUGCUUAAUUUGAGAGCUAUUAAUCUUCUUAAAACUAUUCGUUUGACAACACAAUGAAUUGCAUCGCAAAGCUUUUGGUGCGGCCCCGGACCUACAGAUUCCUCAUCCAGGAGAGAUUCUAUGCAGCGAAUGCUGGCACCAAGGAAAACAUCGAAAAGCUUGCAAAGAGCGACAAAGUCGUCGUGUUCAUGAAGGGAGUUCCAGAACAGCCCAUGUGUGGGUUCAGCAAUGCUGUGGUGCAGAUACUCCGGAUGCACGGAGUGGAGGAUUAUAGCAGUCACAAUGUACUCGAGGAUGAUGACCUCAGGCAAGGUGUGAAGGAUUAUACCGACUGGCCGACUAUCCCUCAGAUUUUCUUCAACGGAGAGUUUGUCGGCGGCUGUGACAUCAUGCUCCAGAUGCACCAGAACGGUGACUUAGUGGAGGAGCUGCAGAAGUUGGGCAUCAGGUCAGCAUUACUAGACAGUCCCCAGGAGGAAACAAAGUCAUAACGCGGUGGAGAUGGACCUGGAGUACUCAGACUUUAACCCCAACCUUCCCCAACCACACAGCAUUAAACAGUAGUAAAGUAUUUGAUUCUGUGGGGAUAGGUCUGGUGGGCCCAUAAC